UGGACUGUCUGAUAAUUAAUAAAAUUCAUUUAUUAUUAUUAUAAUAAUAUUGGUCAAUACGGAUAUCAACGUUGGUAUCGAUAUUCCGAUCGAUCCGUCCACAAUUAGUACACUCCUUUCUGUUCGCCUCGUGAGAAGAGUCGGGUCUGUGAUGAUACAUGUGAUUCACGUUUGAACCACUAGAUGGUGCUUGGAUAUAGGAUGCCGGGGUGAACCACAUUAGCUGAAGACAGCUAAUGUGACAUGUAUGUUUCUUGUUGGCUAGUUGCAAGCUAAGAUAAGUAAAAGAAGUUCGAUAUCAAUCCUUUUUUCACGGAAACAUUACAGGUUAUAUUGCGGUCCUGCUCUUAUAGAGUUCCUCUUAUUGCACAGCGGGUUGUUGGCUUCAGGCUGUCUCACCCUGAGGGAAGGAACUCGGCAAAACAACGGAAGAAGCGGACACGUGGGUGCAUUAACGUGGGUCAAGCGGCGGAGACAUCGCCUUUAUCGAGUAACGAAUAUGACUCACCUUUCAGAAAACAACCUGCAGUACAAAGAUGUUGACUACUGGGACGAAAGGUACAAGGUGGAGACAUGCUACGAGUGGUUGGGCGGCUUCUCCAAAUUCCAGCAUCUUUUGGAAAAACGCAUCAAGAAAAACGACUCAAUUCUUGUACUUGGUUGUGGAAAUAGCGGUAUGAGCGGUGAAAUGUAUGACGCCGGUUACCGCUCCAUCACCAACGUCGAUUACUCCUCGGUGUGCAUCAGCACCAUGAGUGCCAGGUAUGCCUACUGCUUGGGUAUGAGGUGGCAGCAGAUGGAUGUCCGCCAGCUCGACUUCCUGGAUGCUUCAUUUGACAUUGUUCUGGAGAAGGCCACGCUGGAUGCCCUAAUGGUGGAGGAGAAAACCCCCUGGGAGGUGUCCCCUGAGACUGCGCGAUUCAUUCACAAGGCCCUCACUGAGAUAAGUCGCUGCCUGAAGCCUGGAGGACUGUUCAUCUCUGUCACCUUCGCCCAGCCCUUCUUCAGGAAACGCCUCUAUGCCCGCAGCGAGUACAACUGGUCCAUCCAACAUGACAGCUAUGGUGAUGGCUUUGAGUAUUUUGUGUACGUAAUGACCAAAGGAGAGGCGCUUAGCUCAGAAGAUGCAGCCCUGGAAAAGAAUUGGUUGGAAAGUACUGGCUCUUUACCGCCGAAAAUCAUCACAACACAGAUGGAUGAUGGACAAGACUUUCUGUCUAAUAUUGACUUAUAGGAUGACCUGUCACGUCCGCACUGUGCUGUUUCUUAUGUUAGAAGACAUUUAAAAUGCUAACAUUUUAUAGACGACAUGCUUUUAUAUGAUGAUGACUGAUUUUAUGAAACUUAGUCUUGCAUAUUUUUUGUAGUCAUGAGCAAACGUUUACUUAUUUAGACCAAAUAUCUUCUGAAAAAUAUUAUGUUUUUUAUUUUUCUUUAUGUUUUAAACAUCUUUUUAAUAUCAUUUUUAAAAAAUCAACUCACAACAAUCAAAAACAGCUUUCUCACAGGGGCAUUAUUUUGGUAAACAAGCAUGUUCACCGCCAUUUUUGUUAGCGAACAUUAAUUGUGAAGUAUAU